ACCCCUGUGUGUCCAGGUUCCUGUGCUGCCCCUGGCUCCCUCCUGUGUCGUCUCCACCUUUCCCCCUCCUCUCACUUGACAUUCCAUGUCGGGAACAUGCCAUUCAAGCCUGCAGCCCUCUGUCUGAACUUUGGCCCCGGGGGCUGGGCGGUCAGCACGGGGAGGCCUGGCUCCUGGCUGGGAUUCUGAGCGGCCUAACUGGCUGGCACCUUCCCUCCGCCCGGCUAGAGGAAGGCCUCGGGCUGUUUUCCUGCCGCUGGGACUCCCCGUCCCUGGUGAGCCGAAGCCCCGCCUGCCCUUGGGCCGCCCACCCCCCUCCGGUCCCCUUUGUGGGAGAAACUGGCCUGACCGGGUCCAGACUACAUCUCCCAGCGUGCCCGACAGUGGCGGCCUGGGCGGCGGCCGUGCGGUCUCCGGCCACGAUGCAGUGGGCAGCGAGCUGGGCCGCCCCCCUGGGAGUGCGCGGGCGGGCGCUCCCCCGGGCCCCCAGCCGGCGGCUCAGCGGCUCGCAGGACCAGGACGGGCUCCGCAGGACGCCGCUCCAUGACUUCCACCUGGCCCACGGCGGGAGGCUGGUGGCCUUCGCGGGCUGGCGGCUGCCGCUGCAGUACCGCGACGGCCACGUCGACUCCCACCUGCACACACGCCGCCACUGCUCGCUCUUCGACGUGUCCCACAUGCUGCAGACCAAGAUACUCGGUCGUGACCGGGUGAAGCUGAUGGAGAGUCUGGUGGUGGGAGAUAUCGCAGAGCUGAGGCCGAACCAGGGGACCCUGUCGCUGUUUACCAACGAGGCCGGGGGCAUCUUGGACGACUUGAUUGUGACCAACGCCGCCGAGGGACACCUGUACAUGGUGUCCAACGCUGGCUGCCGGGACAAGGACCUGGCCCUCAUGCAGGACAAGGUGAGGGAGCUGCAGAGCAGGGGCGGCGACGUGGGCCUGGAGGUGGUGGACAAUGCCCUGCUCGCCCUGCAAGGCCCCGCCGCGGCCCAGGUGCUGCAGGCCGGCGUGGCGGGCGACCUGCGGAAGCUGCCCUUCAUGACCAGCGCCGUGAUGGAGGUGUUCGGCGUGCCCGGCUGCCGCGUGACCCGCUGCGGCUACACGGGGGAGGACGGCGUGGAGAUCUCGGUGCCGGCGGCGAGGGCGGCGCGCCUGGCAGAGGCUCUGCUGGCCAACCCCGAGGUGCGGCUGGCGGGGCUGGCGGCCCGGGACAGCCUGCGCCUGGAGGCCGGCCUCUGCCUCUACGGCAGCGACAUCGACGAGCACACCACGCCCGUGGAGGGCGGCCUGGGCUGGACGCUGGGCAGGCGCCGCCGGGCGGCCAUGGACUUCCCGGGGGCCGCGGUCAUCGUCCCGCAGCUGAAGGGCCAGGUGCCACGGCGGCGUGUGGGGCUCACGUGCGAGGGGGCCCCGAUGCGGGCGCACAGCCCCAUCCUGAGUGCGGAGGGCGCCGUGAUUGGCGCUGUGACCAGCGGCUGCCCCUCGCCCUGCCUGAAGAGGAACGUGGCGAUGGGCUAUGUGCCCCCCGAGUACAGCCAGCCGGGCACCCCGCUCCUGGUGGAGGUGCGGCGGAGGCAGCAGGAGGCCGUGGUCAGCAAGAUGCCCUUCGUGCCCACAAACUAUUACACCCUGAAGUGAGGAGGGCUUUCCACCCGGGGCUGGUCAGGAAGCUGAGGCAGAACACGAGGGUGUGGGCUGGUUCUGGUUGUCUGGUUGUGGUGGGACACACCACCUACACCCCUCAUCCUGUGCCACUUCAGUUUCAAGACCCAUUUCUUAGUGACGGACCAGCUCACCAGUGUCUUGUUUCUGCCCACGCUCCCGCGGACCCACUCUUGCCUGCUAGGGCUCCGAGCAGCACCAGUCCUGGCCUUCCCUCUGCCUCAAAGCUCCCCUGUGGGAGGAUCGAGCCUCCCGACCUACCUCACCAGGGUUCUCACACUUCAAAGGGGCAUUGCCAGUCUCCUCUGGUUUACUUCCCAGGAGUGCAAACUGCUGCCUCUCCCUGGGCAGGGCUGGCUCAGUAGGCUGCUGCGCCUGUGGGUGAUUGAGGGGCACAAGUUGGCCCAGCCUGCUGCCCAGCAGUCAGCCAGCCAGGCUCACCACUGUCCUGAGCCCCGGCUGCUGGAGGGCAGGAUAGGCCUCCUCCGGGCUUGCCUUCCCUGGGCUGGCCUGGGCCCCUUGGCCUCCACUGACCCUAACAACAUUAAACGAGCCUCCUUCUUGCC